CGGCAUCUGACUAUUUAAGACUACUGUUUCCAACUGCCCUCGUGGUUCGAUACAUUUUAUGAAAAUUAAGUUCUGGAAAAAAUACUGUUUACUAUGGAUACGAACAUGACUGUGUUGGGGAUUGAGCUUGAGAGCGUUUCUGCGAACUUGUCCGCCCUACAGAUCAACGCUGAUCAGUUUUUUCUAUUGGUAAUGGCAUGUCUAGUUUUCUUUAUGCAAUGUGGGUUCGCCUUCUUGGAAGCAGGCUCUGUUAGAAGUAAAAAUACAACGAAUAUAUUAAUCAAGAACGUUCUUGAUGUAUGGCUAGGCGCAUUUGCCUACUGGGCCAUGGGCUAUGCGUUUGCUUUCGGGGGAGGCAAUGCGUUCAUCGGGUACAGACACUUUUUCUUCGAAGGCUUCAGUCGUUCUUUAAUGUCACAUUGGUUUUUCCAUUUUGUGUUCGCGGCAACUGCUGCGACGAUUGUCUCUGGUGCUAUGGCUGAACGAACAGAGUUUGCCGCAUACCUUAUUUACAGUUUUCUUAUAACAGGUUUUGUGUACCCCGUUGUGAGUCACUGGGCGUGGGCUGAUAACGGAUGGCUGUUAGUUGGACCCGGGAAUGGGAUCUCUUAUCAGGACUUUGCUGGUAGUGGUGUUGUCCAUGUUGUGGGUGGUAUGGCUGCACUGGUCGGAGCGGUCAUUCUUGGACCUCGUAUUGGUCGAUUUGAGAAUGGCAAACCAGUCACUGGCUUAUCAGGACACACAGUACCGCUGGUUGCUCUGGGCGGCUUCAUUCUGAUGUUCGGAUUUUUAGCAUUCAAUGGAGGAUCCCAGGCCAGUAUAUCGCAACCAGGCGACGGUUAUGUGGUCGCCAUAGCUAUCGUCAAUACCGUCAUAUCUGGUAGUCUAGCGGCGUUAACAUCUUUGACAAUACGAAGAAUGGGAUUAUCUGGCGGAGGACAGUGGAGUUUGCUGACAACCAUAAACGGCGCCCUCACAGGCAUGGUCGCAAUUUGUGCCGGAUGCUGCUGUGUUUAUGCUUGGGGCGCUGCCAUCAUUGGAGUCCUCUCUGGUAUUAUAUACAUCGUUGUCAGCUGGCUUGUUCUGAAAGCAGGAAUUGAUGAUCCACUUGACGCUGUUGCUGUGCAUAUGGGUGGUGGAGUGUGGGGCGUUUUAUCGGCGCCGAUUCUCGCAGUGGACACUGGUAUCGUGUUCAAUAUAUCAAGUCCGUUAUCAUGGGAGGCACUUGGAUGGAACUUUGCUGGCCUUGCUGCGAUCAUGGGUUGGACUGCUAUCAUUUCCAUUCUAUUAUUUGGUGUAAUGAAGUUUGCCGGAAUAUUACGAGUAGAAGCGACUCUGGAAUUAAAAGGUCUUGACAUUCCAAAGCACGGUGAGCCGGCGUACCCGAUCGAGAGCUAUGGUCAUGGAUGGGGCAGUAUGGGGAUGACUUUAUUGACUGCGCCUGUGAACGGUACAGAGACUUCGCCUGUGAGUGGCGUGGAGACCGUGCGUAUGAACGGCAUAGACAACCAAGCACUUGUAAUGGACCAUCCAACCUUGAGAGAAACAACUCCGGUUAAAGGUUCACCAAAAACUUGUCGAUCAAUUGGUGUGAUGGUAAAUAUGGAAGUGGAAAACGCGACAGACCAGUUAGAGGUUGACGAAACUGUAUCAACUUUCAUGUAAUUAGUACAGAGACGAUCCAACACAACGGACUGCCAAUUUUACUUUCCACCAAUGCGAAAGUGAAAAGUUGAUGUGUGUCACGUGACCGUGACCGGCAGCUUCAAGAUCAGCUUGCCCGUCGUGUAUAGUUUUUUUUAUUUGCAUUCAAUUCUCAAAGACGAAAAUAAUGACUAAGGAAUAAUGAUGGUAUUAUUAAAUCUAAUUUUCAAAUGUGUUUAUUAUAAACUAAAAUAAAAAAGAAGUCAUAAAGGCGGAAGACCAAAAUGGCGAAUAGAUACAUAUCUCCACGUUUUCAUUAAAUGAUCAAGUUGCGCAAAGUCUAUGACAAUUAUUUGACCAAAAACUUUAGAGACAAGGCAUCCGUCACCGGGUCCUAUGAAGCUCACUGUCAUCAGAAUGAAAACCACUACGAACAAUAAAAUAGCAAAUAUAUCGAGAAAUGUCAAACAUUUGGAAGAUCUGGUUCUGUAAACGUCUAUUUGGUCACACUUUUGGGAGUAGGUGGGGUUGAGUGUUGUGCCAUUGUAUCGAUCAAGUAUUGGUAUUGUGUCAAUAUCGGAGAUCCGUUUAAAAUCUCGGAUCGUUCCUACUGUGUCAGUUUCACUACGCGCGUCAUAAAAACACAUUUCCGGAAGACGAUUACUAUCAGUAGUAGUACAUUUCAAUUCAGAACUUUCGCCGCAUUUCUCAACUUUUAUAAAAUGUUCUGGCGAAGAAUUAAACUCCCUUAUUUUAUAUUUAUUAUCGCGAGUGGGGCUAGUAUCUAUGACGCAACUAUCGCCGUCUUCUCGCUGUGCCCACUCUGUAACUUGUAAGUUAUCGCCUGUAAUCAAAUGCGGGCCAUUGUUUAAGUUUUCGGGUUGUAAUUUGCACCGGUCAUCUUCACUAGAAGCGUCCACACCGAAAACAAACUCUAGCAGAUGUAGUGCAAGUGACCUGAAUACUAUAUUUCCGAGAUGUUCCAAUGAUGAUGUUGUAUGUGGUUGAUUCAGCAUUUCGUUACCGCCACCGUCCUCCUGGCUUUCCAAUGUCGAAUUUAGAUCGUUGACCCUAACUACGGGAAGAGAUGCGGGUGUUUCCUGUUCCAGUAAAGGCGAACAGUUGCCACGUGCACUAAGAAAUAAAAGAAUUGUAUCGUAUUCAUUAAGUUGAAACAUGAACCACAUCAAGUGUAUUACAUCGACUUUGCAACGUGGCGAUACAUCGUAAUACAAUAGUACUGAACAAAAAUGUCAAAAAAGUGAUCAAAGUUAUCCAUAUUGAACGGGCUUUGACUAAUAAAAAGUUCGGACGUGCAAACGUAAUCCCGACGAUACACUGGUGUCCGUAAAUCAUAAUACAAUCACAUGAUCACUCACUUUGCUAAAAGUGUCUCUAUUUUGUCUAAACGGUUCCUGAUAUCCAAGUCAUUAUGCGAAAUGCUCUCAAUUUUGUCAGCCACUUUCAGUAGUUGUGUUUCGCACUUCCGUAACCCCUGCAACAGUCCGAUCCGUUCAGCCAUGUUCCAAACCUCCUCAAUGGCUCCACUCACGUUAACAAUGUGUGUACUGAUUGUCGACGAAAUCAGAGGAUACUCCUGAAAUGACAAGUCGUGAAAUAACAUUCAAUUGUGCAAUUUGAGAAAUCCGUGAAGCUACCCUCGGACUGAGUUUCGUAUUUUGUUUUGAAUCUGAGGCUAGCUUCACGCUCGUUCAUUCCAGUUCAUUUCUAUAUAUCGCGCCCUCUAGUGACGGGGCGUCAAAAUGACGUACUGUAUGAAUGUCGCUAUUUUUGCUGAUAAGCGAAUUUUGCUAAAUUAAUUCCGCGUGAGCAUUUUGUACAAAUCGACAACUGUGAGGGCGUGAUUUAUAGGGAAAGAGGAUUGUACGGAUGUGCUUCAAAAUUCAAGUAGGCGAUAUUCUUCUAAAUACAGAUUGUAAUGUGGUAUGUAUAUUAUAAAAACCGAAAAUAAAAAUAAUGUGGUGUUAGAAA